AGCUGGCACCAAUUGUCUCCUUCUGCGUCCUCUCUCUCUCCCUCUCUCUCUCUCUCUCUCUCUCUCUCUCUCUCUCGUCCUAAAUACUACGUUCCCUAUGCAUUAACAAAGAAGCACAAAUGCAAUUAGCAAUGCUUCCACUUACAUAUCUUUGCCUCUCGUUUAUGUCGUUUAUCACCUUCACAUCAAUCCCAGACUCGGUCUCCAGUGCAAAAGAAUCAUUAACGUCGUCGUCGUCGUCGUCGAUAUAUGAAAUCCUCGAGGCCCAUGGGCUACCGAUGGGCCUGCUGCCCAAGGGUGUGAAAGAGUUCGACAUUGAUGAGACCGGGCGGUUCCAGGUGCACUUGGAUCAGGCCUGCAGCGCCAACUUCAAGAGCUCGUUGCAUUACGAUCGGAACGUUUCGGGGACUCUGACCUUCGGUCAGAUCGGGUCCUUGUCGGGGAUUUUGUCGCAGGAGUUGUUUCUUUGGUUCCCAGUGAAGGCGAUUCGGGUGGACAUACCCAGCUCCGGCUUGAUUUACUUCGAUGUCGGCGUGGUUUAUAAGCAAUUCUCUUUAUCGCUGUUCGAAACGCCGCCGGAUUGUUUGGCAGCGAGGACAGUGGAGCCCGAGUUUGGGAAGCUAGGAUAUCAGUUUGAUCAGGAAGAUUUUGCGGAGAUUGUGACGGAGAGGGUGUCAGUUCAAUCGGCUGAAGCCUGAUGGGUUCUUCCAUUCCCCUUGUAAAUUUCGUCGGAGAGUCUGGAUUUUGAGGUUCUAUGUUUCCAUCCAGUGUGCUUCCUUGCUUGCUCUUUCCGUCGGGCCAGCUGCUGUGUAUGCAAUGAUGGUGGGCGAAUUGGAUUGAGAGGCAGUGGAUGUAAUAAUCGCAUUGGCACUUUUCCUGCAGAAUAUAAAAUGAGACAGACAGGGCCAUCUGUUUGAGAUAAAUUCAUCUUCUUUUUUCUGUAAUAUAAUUUGUAAACUAAUCAAGAAUAAAAACCUUUCUUUCUUUA